UAAUCAGGUACAUUGUGGCGCAGCGCACACCGAUCGGCGUAUAACAACAAAAUACCGCGAGAGCGAUUCGAAAGCCUUGCUUUCGCAAGACUCUCGCGGUGCUUUGAUGUCAAACGUCAAUCGGUCUGCGCAGCAACGCAUAGGGUCGAACACGCCUUACCUGAAAUACCUGCAUGUCAAGCUGUCGCGUCCCGCCCUCUCUGCCCAUUAUUAUUUACCUAAGCUGAGCGUUUAUGAGAAGAGUUCUGGAACUGCGCAGGCAAAGACAUGCUCAACUUUUUGGGCGGGUGCACUGACAGUAUGGGGCAUGACACACCUUUGAGCAUUACAGGAAUGAUUAACAAGUGCAGAAUAUAAGACUGCAACUCACAGUGAGUCAUUGAAUAUGUGAGAACAGUGCUGAAAGGAAGACCAGGUUUCUGCUGAACUACAGUAGUUAUCAGUGUCGAAUGAGUUGUGUGAAAGUGUUAAGAUGGGCAUCUGGCUGCUGACAGCUUGGUUAUCUUUUACUAUGGAAACAGUGGCAAAGCCGUUCAUUGUAACUCAGUGGCCAAGAGUGGCCGAGGUGAUGGCCGGAGAUGAUGUUAUUUUACAUUGUAAUAUUGUGGAGCUGUACUCGCCGUGUUCUACAGUGGUCUGGCUGAGAGUCGACCCGGAGAAAGCAGCGAUCAGUCUUACUGACAGAGUUCAAAUUCAUCCUAAUCACCCAUCCAGUGUUUGCACCGCUCUUAUUGCUAAUUCAACAGUGCAUGACUCUGGUAUAUACUACUGCACAGCUGUGCACGGGCGCUUCGCUCAUAUUGGCAAUGGGUCACGAGUGGUUGUGAAAGAACACAUCAGUUUCCCUCUUAUCGAUAUUCUUUCACCACUGAUCCAGAACAGUCCUUUCGUUCCUCUUCAGUGUGUUGUGACCGGGGUCGAAGGUUUUCAGGAAUAUGUGUCCUGGGCUAUAGAGGGGAGAAAAGAGAAGGGACAGUCAGUUUGGACACACAGGCAUAAUGAUGCCGUACAGAUCACAAGAAACCAAAUCCUCAUUACUGAUGAAGAGUGGGAACGAAAUGUACAAUGUGUGUGCAAGGUCAACUUCAUGGGACAAAACUAUACCAAGACACUUAAGAGACAUGAUGCAUUGAACGGGUGCCGUGCUAUAAAAUACACAUAUGUCUCUUUGUGUAUCAUUUUUGGUCUGUUAACUUUGAUAACACUGAUUGCCUAUAAAAGGAGGAAACAAACUAUACAAUGAGUCUAUAAUCAUUUUAAUGAUUCGUAUACUUCUCAUUUUGGUAUUUCAUACUGUAUUGAUUUGGACAAAAAUUAUGUGUCAUUUAUAAAGUAUUUAUUUAAUGCCUUUUUUAAUGUAACUAUAUGUUCCUCACAAUAUAUUUGUUCAGAAUUUUGAUGUAUUUGUUGUAAAAUGCUUAUGUUGAUUAAAAUUAUUAGUAUUU